ACUACUUUUUAACUACAAUCAGGUAGUUUAACUACAUGUAGUUAACUACUGGCCAUCACUGGUAAUCAGAUCGUUCUGGUUGAAUCAUUGCUACAUACUCUUAUUACAACACCCAGGCACUUCAGCAAUGGCCAGCGUGGCCUCACGCCCAGAAGCACGUGCAAUGCCAGACUAUGUGAAAAAGUCGUAAUAGUCCCAUAAUUCAUAACGAACUAUUUCCAGAGUUCCAGAAGCAAGUCUUGAAGAACCAAUAUUUACUACGCAUGGUUCAGCAGCAACUGUUCGACUUGGUCUCAGGUCUUGCUCCUGUACGGCAGAGCCUGUCAGAAACCCCGCAGCUCCUCUCAUCACCAUUUCAUACUGUCAAUGAUCUUGAAAAAUUCGAAAGUGAACUCACCCCUGAGCAGGAAAAACAGGCGGUGAGGGAGCUCACAUCACUAGGGGGAAGCUCUGUCCGUUCCGCUGUGAGGAGGAUUCUGUCGCACACCUUCAGGAAUGCGCUGGCACAGCAGUACAGCUGGGAAGGCCGUAAAGGCAAACUGAAGUUUGUGGAACUUAAGUUCUCUCGCGUAAUAAUGCGCGCACUGCAAGUUCAGGAGAAGUUUUCCAAGGCAUCAAAAUACGAGGUGGAAGCAGAAAUCAAAGAGUGGCUGAGACAUGCUUCAGAGAGGUGUAAGAGAGCACACUUAUCGGAACCAGCCUCCGUGUGAACAGGUGCUAGAAGUCGAGUAUACCCCAGGAGCUAGAUGCAAAGGAAAUGUAACCCCACCCAAGGACUUACGCUUCACAGCAAAGAAGCAAGAUUUCCUGUUCUGUAUUGUUAUCCAGCCUACCGAGUCUAGUCUAUCCCAGUCUAGUCACUAGACUUUUUUCUAUUUUUUUUUUUUUUUUUGAUGGGGGGUUAUAUAUCUGCAGAAGCCACCAUAUACAGGGUGUUCUAGGUAAAUCCCUGGGCUGGAUGAUUGAGAGACGACUGCGCCGAGAAACCUUAUUUUUGCAGGCAUCCGUGAGUCACUGACCAUGACCUACACAGCACGAAACUAUUUUGCAUACAAUCAUUAAUUAUAUAGAAACAGAAAAUCAGUUUGGUAAAAAACUAGCUUUUAACUACAGUCAGACUGAAGUGGGAAAUCUAUUACGCCUUGUGGAGCUGCAGAUGAUACUUUUUUGUGGAAGAAAAAACCUGAUAGACUGCAGUCUGGUUUUUAUUAAUUAAUAGGUUAUGGUUAACGUAAUUCUUUCAUGGAAAGCCGCAAAAGACACUCCAUUCUUCCAUUUUCCACCUCAAGAUUACGUGGGUAGCUUAUUGACACUGCCUCAACGAUGCCUGCAAGAAAGUAAGUUUCCUGAUACGUGCAGCUCUCUCUGAAUUAUCCAGCCUGCGGUUUAUCUGAAGCACCCUGUAUACACACAACAAUGCUGUCCUGCCAACUGUAUUUUAUAACUCAUUUUUACUUUCUGGGUAUUACUUUAACUACUUUGUGAGUCAGCAGACCAUUCCCUUUUAAUGGCAUCAUAUCAAUAUAACGGAGCUCCAUUGCAUCAUGCUUUAUGCAGCGGAAAUGUCCUAGCCUCUGUCGGGCCAAUCAUAUGCUCAUUUUUAACUCUGAUAUAAACUGUGUAUAUGCAGAAUGCAGGCUGUGCUGCAUUUUGUAAUUAUGGCUAUUUUUAUGAUGUAUUUUGUACUUAAAGAAAGUUAAUUUUUGACGCAGCAAACUAUUGAGCGUUGUCUUCAAGCACUGUAUUUGUCGUUUGCAAUGAAUGAAGUUAAG